AUGUUCAUCGAUAAUUUGGCAUUCAAUCUUACACAAUCGUCAAAUCAUUUUAGAUACACUGAAUCAAUUAAAAAAUUUGCCAUAUGCUUAUAUGUUCUUGGUAGUAAACAAUGUUAUGAGUUUGUUCGUUUAAAUAUGCCUGGUAGUAUACCAAAUCUGACAACACUUGGUGAUUUAAUAAACAAAUCGAAUAUGACUCUAGCUGAAGCAGAAUUUAAAUUUGACUCACUUCAACAGUUUCAAUCAGGUUUUGGAUUUUGUUCUGAAGAUACUACUGGUGUUAUUCCUAAAGUCGAGUAUGAUUCGUCGACAAACUCAUUCAUUGGAUUUACAACACCAGUUGUUGAUGGUAUUCCGUUGAGGAAACAUUAUCAAACCGAUACAUUUGAUGAUUUUAAAAUAAUUCGUAACACCAAUGCAACAGCACCGUUAUUGAAUGUACAUAUGUUCCAAAGUAUAUCAAUAGAAGAUGAUCCAACAAAUUUUCCGAAACCAUUUUUACUCUCUGCUUACGGUGUUGAUAAUAAAUUUACAGCUAUGGAUAUUUUACACCGAUGGAUGCAUAUAUUUGAACGCUGUUUAGAUAAAGGUGUUCGCAUUGUUGGAUUUUCCACAGAUCCAGUUCAUAUCGUGACCAAAUGGCGUAAUCAGUUAUUAUCAUCAACGGCGGACUUAUAUAUUGGAAAUGAUAAAAUUAGUAUGACACAUAUUGAACAACUAAUCAAUAAUAAUAAUUCUACAAAAUUAGAUCAUGAUUUGACGAAGAGCGAUAUUAAUCCUAAAGAUCGUCAAAAUUACAAUUCAUGUAUUAAAUUAAUAUCAGACGAUGUAAUAAAUCUUCUUAAUGAUAGUAUAGAUACCAAUGGAACAGUUGUUUAUUUGACAUUGCUAAAAAUGAUAGUAAAAGCAUAUAUUGAUAAAUCAACAAGUAUUCAUGAACUGGAACAACAAUAUUUACCUAAACAAAAAUUAAUUAAUAUACAUUCAUUCAAUUCACAACCAUGUGAGUCAUUAUUUAGAGAUGCAAGAUCGUUAAGCAGUACGUUCUCAACGGUCGUCAACUUUACCGUAAAAGAUUUUAUUCGGCGUUCACAAAAAUUAUCAAUAUUGAAUCAAUUUAGAUAUAAUCAAUUGGAAAAAGAUCUAUCCUUUCCCAUACACCACAAACACAAACGCGAACAUCCAUUACCAUCUUUACAUCAAUUAGAUGAAAUUGAUACAUUAGAUAUUCAACAAUUAAUAUCAAAUGCAUAUGAUCAAGCACUACAUCUUGUUAAACAUUCAAAAAUACUAGAUACAUUAAAUGAACAUAAAAUAAAUUGUAUAGAUGAUCUAAGUAAUUAUAUCUUCGACUUGUUAAAUAAAAAUUCAAGAAUGAUUAAUUAUUCUUUCCGAACAGAAAAUAACACCACUGAAGAGUUUGGAUUAGAUGAAGAGAAUGAUGAUAAUGACGUCAGAACCACUCAAUUAUUAUUAUACAUACAACGUUAUCAAUUAAAUUUCACAUUAUAUUAUCAUAAUUUUAUUAUUGUUAUUAAAAUAACGGCUUAUAAUCUUCGAAGUGCUGGUAACGAUCCAGAAUUUACUGGUGAUUUAUUAACAAAAACAUCUGAACGUACAGUAAAAAGAUUAACUCUGGACUCAUUAAAUAAUACUACCGAACAAAUUCAGACAAUGUCUCACACUGCACAAGAUUCAGCGAUGAUGAUAUGUUAUCGUGAAUGUUUAUCAAAUCUGGACAAAUUCAAUGGUGGUGAAGAUCAAAAAGUUUCGCAAUUUAUUAAUAAUAUUGAAAGGAUUGGAAGAAUGAUUAAUGCAAAUGAUGAUAUUUUACAUUGUAUGUGUACAGCCAAAUUAGAUGGGGAAGUGAAACGCUGGUAUGAAGACAAUAUGACAUUAACCAAAUGGGAAAAUUUAAAACCAGCAUUAUUAGAAAGAUUUACAACAUCGGAUUCAACAUCGAAAAUAUUUGAACAAUUGAAAGAACGAAAACAAAAAUCAGAUGAAACAAUUACAUCGUAUUAUGAUGCUGUCAUCAAAUUAUAUCGUGAAUAUGAUUCAUCCAUGUCACAAAAAAUGAUGAUAUCGUGGUUAAAAAAUGGAAUUAAAGAUUCAUUGAAGACUCAAAUUAAACGACAAAUGAAAUUGUUAUCUGAAUCAGCACGAACAAUUCAAGCAUUCUUGAAAAUUGCUAAAGAUGAACAAGAAUUACAAGAAGAAGAUUCUUCUGAACUCCAAGCAACACAAUCUUGUUUACCAUACAUUACGAAUACCUCACAACAAAAAAAUUACAGUUCAACUUCCCGACCAUCACCUAUUUUACAUAAACGGGAAUCACAUUAUUCAUCAAUUAAUAAUUCAUCACGACGUCAAGACGUAAAUGUUAAACCUUAUUCACCUACACAACAUGAUUCUCAACGACGACCGUGUGGUGUAUGCCAACGCAUUAAUCAUCGAACAAUUGAUUCUGGAACCCGUGAUGGUGGUCACUCCAGUAGUAAAGAAAAUCCAUCAACAACGAAUUAUACGUCACCAACAUCAUUAACUCCUAUUCAUAUAAAAGUUCAAGUAAAUAAUAAACAACAUCAAGCUAUUGUCGAUACUGGAUCUGCAAUCACCAUUAUUAAUCAACAAUUAUUAAAAACAAUUUAUCAUAAGGAAUUUACUUACAAGAAGAAAUUACACAAAUCAGCCAAUUGUUCAUCGAUUAAUAUUAUUGGUGAAAUUCAACUUGAAAUUAAAAUACAAGGAUAUAAAACAUUAAUUUUAGCAGAUGUUGCAACUAAUCUUAUUACUGAUUUAUUACUUGGAAAUGAUUGGAUUACAGCAAACAAUGUUAUUAUCGAUUCACCACAACAAUGCAUUUAUCUCACUGACAACAAACGAAACAUUCUAGCAACAGCAACAUUCGUUAAACCUGCACACCUUCAAUUACCAGUACUAUUAACCGAUGAAAUUACUCUUCCACCGCACUCCGAAAAAUGCGUUAACAUCAAAGUAUUAUCACCAACAAUGAACAUAACCGAAGCUUUAUUUGAACCAGCAGCAUAUUUAUAUUCGAAACAAAUGUUACUUACGAAUGCAUUAAUUAAGUUAGAAGACAACAGAAGUCAAGUUAUGAUUUUGAAUGCAAAUGAUCGUCAAAAGACUUUAUCGAAAAAUACAUCAUUAGGAUAUAUUACAUAUCAAUCCAAAGCCAAUAACUAUCUUAUUUUACCAGUAUUAACAAAAAAUAAAACUGAUCGAUCAACACCUAUAACAUCGAAUUUUUACAGAAGGAACAACUCUUUUGUGAGUCGUUCCUGGAUUCCUUCAAUGAAUAAUAAGAGGAAAGUUCAAUCUACGAACUUUACCUGUCAAAUGAACGACAAUAUCGAUCCUGAACAUCAAUGUUAUGUAUGUCAAGAACAAUUUUUAUCACGGAAUGAUUUACAACAGCAUUUACGCCGAACAUGUUAUCCAUCAGAAAUGCGAGAACAAAUUGGAAAAUUAACUCAACACAUCGAAGACGACAAACAACAACAACAAUUACAACAACUUUUAUGGAAACAUGGCAAAUUAUAUGAUAUUCGUCAACCGUCCAUCAUCAAAGCUACAGUACAUCAUGCUAUUGAAACUGGCACUCAUCCACCAACUUAUACUCCACCAUAUCGUGUUUCUUACAAGGAUGAACAAAUACAGAGGGAAGAAAUUGAUAAAUUACUCAAACAAGGAAUAAUCGAAGAAUCUACAUCACCAUGGUCAUCACCUAUAGUAUUAGUGAGGAAAAAAGAUGGUUCUGUUCGAUUUUGCAUUGAUUUUAGGAAAUUAAACAACAUUACGACCAAAGAUGCAUUUCCUAUGCCUCGAAUCGAUGAUAUCUUUGAUCAUUUAUCAGAAGCCGAAUAUUAUACAACCAUUGACUUUAAAUCUGGUUAUUUUCAAGUGGGACUUGACCCAAAAGAUCGUCCAAAAACAGCUUUCUCAACUCGAGAUCAACAUUAUCAAUUUACAGUAUUACCUCAAGGUGUUACAAAUGGUCCACCAGCAUUUCAACGCAUCGUCAGUCAAAUACUUGGACCUACAAGAUGGCAACAUUCAUUAGCUUAUCUUGAUGAUGUUAUAAUAUAUUCACCAACAUUUGAUCAACACCUUAUUCAUCUCGAUGAUAUUCUUAAUCGAUUAAACAAUGCAAAUUUUCGUCUCAAUGUAAAUAAAUGUCAAAUAGCAAAAACAGCAAUUGAUUUUCUUGGUCAUCACAUCGAACAUAGCAAUAUUAGACCAAAUACAGACAACAUUCGUGCAUUAUUAGGAACUCAACAGCCAACAACCGCGAAAGAAGCUUUUCGAUUUGUUAAAGCUGCUGAAUAUUAUCGUAAAUUUAUACCAGGAUUUUCUACUAUUGCACAACCCUUAUAUAAAUAUGCACCUACUACAAAAGAACAACGAUCACAAAAAUCACAAGCUACACCUAUUAUUUUAUCGGAUGAAGAACUUCAUGCAUUUAAUGAAUUAAAACGAAUAUUAACGCAUGACUUAGUAUUACGUAUUCCAGAUCAAAAUUUAUCAUUCAAGAUACAAACCGAUGCAUCAAAGAUUGGAAUUGGAGCUGUUCUUAUGCAGACUCAUCCAAAUGAAGAUUUACCAAUUGCAUAUUUAUCGAAGAAACUUACAACAACACAAAUGAACUGGCCUGCAACAGAACAAGAAUGCUAUGCUAUUGUAUUUGCAAUUGAAAAAUGGCACAAAUAUUUAGAUGGACGUUCAUUUAUAAUUGAAACGGAUCAUAAACCAUUAUUACCAUUUAAUACGAAAAAACAAUUAAAUUCGAAAUGUGAACGAUGGCGUUUGAAAUUACAACAAUAUCAAUUUACUAUACGAUAUAUUAAAGGAAAACAUAAUACAGUAGCAGAUUAUUUAUCUCGUUUACCUGUAGACAAUGCAACAAAUGAUGAAGACGAUUAUACUCCAACGACAUCCAGAGCAACACAAACUGAUAAUCAUAUGCAGACACAAAUUAUUGCACCUAUUAUGACUCGUAGACAAGCAAGACAACAGCUUAAUGAGAGGACUGAUCAUCACGUACCAGAUCAGACCUGUAAUGGAAAUCGACAAGAGAGGAAUGUCGACAUAUCAAUCGACCAUUCCUGUAUUCCAAAAGCCGAGCAACUACCAACAUCUAUCCACAACACCGACUCUGAUAGAAUAAUACCAUUUACAUUGGAACAAAUAAAAGAAUUACAACAUCAAGAUGAUGAAAUUAACAACAUCAUUCACAACAUCAAGAACUACAAAGAAUAUUUUGUUAAAAAUAAUCUGUUAAUGAAGAAAAGAUUCCCACCAGUCCCCGUUAUACCUAAGGGACGAAUCCGUUUAGACAUAAUUAAAAUUUAUCAUGAUACACCUGCAAAUGGUGCACACUUUGGUCGGAAUCAAACCAUCCAAAAAAUUCAACAGCGUUACUUUUGGCCAAAUAUGGUUUCUGAUAUUCGUAAUUACGUCCAAUCAUGUCUACCUUGUUUAAAAAACAAUCCACUACGACAGAAACCACCAGGUGCUUUAAAACCGAUAAAACCUCCAGAAGGAGUAUGGCAAUUACUUACAAUGGACUUCCAUGGACCGAUUACACCAACAACAAAAAAUGGGAAAAAAUAUAUUAUUUUAUUAACUGAUGUAUUAUCCAAAUUUGUAAUUACAAAAGCAGUACGUGAUUGUACUGCAUUAACUGCAGCACGAUUUCUAACUGAAGAUGUUAUUCUUAAAUAUGGAACUCCAAAAUGUAUUCUUACGGACAAUGGUACACAUUUUACUGCUGACAUGAUGACUGAAUUGUUCAAGAAGAUAGGAAUUAUACACUUAUAUUCAACACCCUAUCAUCCGAUGACCAAUGGACAAAUCGAAAGAUUCAAUGCAACGAUGGAUUCGAAAAUAGCAACAUUAUCAAAUGAAAAACGUACUAACUGGGAUGAACAAUUACAAUUCGUUACAUUCAACUAUAAUACCAGCAUCCAUGCAACAACUGGGCAAAUUCCAUUUGAAUUAAUGCAUGGACGUUCACCGAUUCUACCCUUUGAUCAACAACAACCAUUAGUUACACUCUCCCAAGAUCCAGAUCAUAAAUCGAAAUUAAAUCAUCAUUUAUCAACUUUAACGGAACAAGCGAGAACGAAUAUACUGAAACGACAAGAGAAAUAUAAAGAACGAUAUGAUCAACAUCGCACAAAUCCACAUUACAAAGAUUUAUACAAUAAUGGUAACUGUGGGAAAUUUGAACUACCUUCAUCGUUAUUUAAAAAAUUUUACAUCAAUCGUCAAACAUCAAUUAGUACUUUAAAUGAUUUAAUCGAUUAUGCUUUUCAUAUUAAAAAUUAUACAAUCGAUACGGAAGAUCAAUUAAAUAAACCACCAAAACCAUCUGAUCCUGCACUCAUUCAAAUUCAAUUUAUUCAUGAAAAUGAUCCAUCAAUUAUUUUAUUAAUCGAAGUAUUUUAUUUACCUCCAGAAAAUUCAUUUACAUUUAACAAAAUCAAACAAUUAUGCAAAAUUAUAUUUUUACCAAAUCAUAUUAUUAAUUCCUGGGGUGAUCCAAAAAAAGAAUUAAAAAAAUUUUUACGAUUUAAAUUAUUUGAUGAUGAUGAUAUUGAUUUUAUAAUACCAAAAAAUACCCAGUAUAUAUUUAAAGGUUGGUUCAAUCGUACGUAUCCACAAUCAAUUCAUAUUAAAGAUGGUGCUGGUGAUCAAUACUCAUUACAAUCAGCAAUGUACAUAACGUUCAAUGAAUGGCUUGACAAGAGAAUGACUCUUGCAAAUUGGGGUUGUGGUAUUGAUUCAUCAUUACAAACUUAUAUAACAAUGAAUGAUUAUGAUGAUAUUAAAGAUAGAAAAAUUUAUGAUGAAAAACAAAUACGUCAAUUAAUGGAAACUUAUGCAAUCAACGACUGUUUUUCAGUUACAAAGCUAAGUCAAAUAAUGAAACAUUUUGAACCAUCUAAACCACCAUUAGAAGAAAAUAAUAUUUAUAUUUUAGAUUGUGAACCAACAGAAGAAGAAAUACAAUCAAAUGAAUUAUUAAAUGAUAAUGAUACAGUUGAAUCAGUUCAUGUCUUAGAUGAACGGACAACUGUCAAUGAUAUAAUGGAAUUAGAUGAACCGGAUUCGAAUGUCGUAUUCUUGGUUCAUGGACAAACAAAUAUAUUAGAUGGUCUUGAAGCUAUUUCAGAAGGCGAAGAACAGCAACAACCAAUACAAAAUUCAAUAUUAAUAAAUAAAGAAAUAAAAACAACAUCGAAACAUCAUUCAACAUCAAAAGAACAAUUAACUAAAACACAACGCAACAACAUAAGAAAACGAGCAGCUCGAUACAAUUUUAAAGUAACUCGUAAAAUUUAUUACAAAUUUACCACUUUAGAUAUAAAAGGAAUAUUAAUUGACAUGAAUAUACAUUGGUUAAAUGUUAAUGUGAUCAAUUCAACAUUAUAUAUAGGUGUGAAGAAUGAAGCAACACGAAAACACGUGGAAAAUCUAUUACACGACGAAAUGUUCACAGAAGCACAUUAUAAAAGAUUCAAUAAAAAACGUUCCCGUCGGAGGAAAAAUUAA